CUUUAUAGUCCCUGUGACGAGUCUGGGUUACCCCUUCUUGUCUGUGACUGAACUGCAAAAGAGCUUGUUGCUUGUGCAACACGGAUAGCCUUAUUGUAAAGUAGUUAGUGGUGAGAAAAAAUAAUUUCUGCCUUUACCGAGUUUUUAUUUUUAUUUUCCGACUAGAAUGUUUGCAACUUGAUAUUCAAUAUUAUUUUACCUUUCCUGGGAGUUGUUCCGCGUGGGCCGAUGAACGUCUCUUGACUGCGCGCGGUGACCAGUACAGCUGGAUGCGACAGAUCGUCGACAGAAAGUGCCUUCGACAUUCUUACUUGAGCUGCCUGCCUGCACGUCUCCUCCACCGAGCCUGCAACAUUCCCUCCCUUCGCUGUGACAGAAGAUAGCUCAACCUCAGCCCCUGCCCUACCAACUCAUCUUUUUCAGGCUCCGUCGCUGCACCAGAGAAACCCAAGCAGACCGAUUUAACUGCAGAGGUUGGUGGAACUGUCUGGCCACUCUGCCAAAACACAAGAGUGUUGACUGACUCAUUCGGGCAAGUUUAGUCAAUACCCAACCCAACGUCUACACCCACUUAAUAUUCUCGCCCAAGCAGUGCCAUCACCCUCGAAAUAGCACCAGUUUCAAUUCUCUUCCCCCGCUACCCCUUCCUUUCCACUACCACCACAUUCAGACGGUCCGUCAGUCCAGCCUGCCUCUGAGCAUGCCCCCGUUGCCCUGUCAGUGGCCUGCACCUGGGACUAACUGAUUGACGAGCGACAUCUCUUGAUUGGCAGCUUCUCUGAUAGCCUCCAUCUCCCAAGCAGGGACCACAUCUGGGUUGCAAAUCCACCAGCUCUGCUGCUCUGAAGUCCGCAAGGGCAAACGACUUUCAUUGAUCCACACACCUUUUUUUUUUUGUUGCUACACUUUUGGUUGUUUUUCUAGCACACUGAAGAGCCAUUAGAGUAUAGCCUCACCUUAAACAAGUGGCUAGCUUUACCCCAUCCGGCAUUGCUAUGGCUUUAAAUAUUGCUUCGAUGCGAGACACAAAAUGGCUGACGCUGGAGGUGUGCCGGCAGUUCCAGAGGGGGACAUGUUCGCGGAGUGAUGAGGAAUGCAAAUUUGCACACCCACCCAAAAGCUGCCAGGUGGAGAACGGAAGGGUGAUUGCCUGCUUUGACUCACUAAAGGGCCGAUGCACGCGAGAGAACUGCAAAUACCUCCCCCCGGCCCACCUCAAGACUCAGCUGGAGAUCAACGGCCGCAACAACCUCAUACAACAGAAGACGGCAGCAGCCAUGUUGGCUCAACAGAUGCCUUUCAUGUUCCCUGGCACGACCAUGCAGCCUACCAUGCAGUCGUUUCCUAUUAACCAGGGCCUGGGCUCCAGCCCGGGUCUGAGCUAUGCUCCCUACCUGACCCACAUGACCCACAGUAUGGGCAUGAUGCCCACCGAGAUGCUCCAGCCCAGCACCCAGAGUAUCAUCGUUCCCGGCAGCCCUCCCUGCUCCAUGCAGAGCUCCUCCUCCAACCAGAAGCUGCUACGCACGGACAAGCUGGAGGUGUGCCGGGAGUUCCAGCGGGGCAACUGCGCGCGUGGCGAGACGGACUGCCGCUUCGCUCACCCCAGCGACAGCCCUAUGAUUGACACCAGCGACAACACGGUGACCGUGUGCAUGGACUACAUCAAGUCACGCUGCUCCCGGGAGAAGUGCAAGUACUUCCACCCGCCGGCCCACCUGCAGGCCAAGAUCAAGGCUGCGCAGCACCAGGCCAACCAGACAGCCGUGGCUGCACAAGCCGCCGCCAUGACUCAGUCGACUGCCAAAGCAAUGAAGCGACCCCUCGAGGCAACUGUAGAACUGGCGUUCCCCCACGGCUGCCUGCAGCCCCUACCAAAGAGACCAGCGCUUGAGAAGAGCAACGGGGCCAGCUCGCUCUUUCACCCCAGUAUGUUGCACUACCAGCAGGCCUUGGCCAAUGCACAGCUGCAGCAGCAGACGGCUUUCUGUGGCUUUCCCACAGGGUCAGUCUUGUGCAUGACUCCUGCUAGCAGCCUUGUACCCAUGAUGUACAGUGCUGCGCCUGCUACUAUCUCUGCAACAACAACUCCUGCCACAAGUGUCCCCUACGCAGCAGCAGCGCCAGCCAAUCAGAUUAUCCUGAAGUAACUGUCAGGAAAGAAAUGGAGUGUCAAGAAGCUGCACUACAAAGCCCAAAACAGCCCUUCUGUACAUACUACCUUCCCCUCCCACUACAGCAACCU